CCUUUUUCAUCAUACAGAUCUUAGCUUAGAGUUCCCACUUUUAUUCAAUUCUAUAUGUCUGUGUAGCUUUCCUGUUCAUUAUCAUCUGCAUCUUUAAACCGACACCAUGUCCAUGAUAAUGUCUCUUUUAUAUUUCUCCAGUUCUUCCUUAGCAUUCAGCAACCUUUCUUCAUUUGUUGGCUCUCUCAUUCUUCAUUUUUCUCUCUAAAACAAAGGGAGAUAAAGGCAAGCGUGUGGUUUUCUUAAGCGUAAGGAGAAGACUGAUUUUUGGAGUGAUAAAAAGUAGAUUCUCUGUUAACAAAAUGAUUUGGUAGAUCCAGUGGCUGCAUGGGAGGCAUAUUUCAUCUUUUUGAUUUCCAUCAAGACAGCAUGGCCAGAAAAAUACUUGCAAAAACGAAAAAUGUUGAUGGUCUGGAAGCUCCGCGAAAUAGCAUGGAGCUGAAAUUAGACACUUCUCAAAGCUACUAUUCUGCGGGAGAUCUGCCAGGCUCUUAUCAAGUGGAAGAAGACUGGGCAGCAAGAAACUUUUAUCAAACUGAGGCUUCAAUGAAGAAUUUGAUAUGUGAGGAGAUGUCCAAACAAUCUAACACCGGACAGAAUGCACCCAGUAUUGUUGCCAAAUUGAUGGGGAUAGAUCCGUUGCCAGUAGAUACAAAAUCUGUAGUUCAACCAGUUGUGAAAAAGAGUGAUGACCAGCGAGUCAAGUUUUCUGGAAGGGAGAAAUGUGUCAAGGGAUCUAACUUGAAUUACUCAAAGCAAAGGGAAGUUGACUCUAUUUACGGUAAAAGAGUUAGAGAUGCUGAGAGAUGGAACACCGACCAUAGGUAUGGAAAGCCUAGGCCUCGUGAACAUCCUCAGGAGGAAGAAUUGCAAAAGUUUAAGAAAGAAUUUGAGGCAUGGCAAGUGGCCAGGCUUAGGGAAUGUUCAAAGUUAGUUGAUGUUGGAAGCAUUUUUACACAUAAACUUGCUCAAGAGAAACUGAACAUGGAAAAGAUGGCACUUUAUGAUGAUUCAGUACAAGCAAUGCAUGAAAAGCCUCUGGAAUCCAAGAGGUUUGCAAUAAAAGAAAGUGGUUUGCAUCAUCGCAGGCAUAAAUCAGAACUCUUUACAGCUGAGAAAAAUGAAUCAAGAAGACGAAGCAUGAACAAGGAUUUUCGGUUACCUUCCAUGAUAGAUCAUAAUGGGAAACUAGAUGCUAUUCCUACAAGAAUAGUGAUCUUGAAGCCUGGUCCUGAUAGUAUUAGUGACCAUGAAGAAUCAUGUACCUCUUCCUCUGGCACUUUCCAGGAGAGAACUAGUAUGGAGGAUUUUCUUGAGGAGGUUAGGGAACGACUUAAAUUGGAACUACAAGGUAAAUGCCUCAAUAUAAAAAAGAGUUCUGUGAUCAGAGGAAGUGGAACUGAGACACCUUUCAGUGAAAAGCCAUCAUCUGAUCCAAAACAGAUUGCUAAGCAUAUAGCAAAUCAGGUCAGAGAAAACGUCAGUAGGGAUAUUGGAAGGAAUUUAUUUCGAUCAGAAUCAACAAGAUCAUAUAGAAGUGAAGUUCAGUUCAAUGGACCAGGUUCUCCUGAGUUCAUUAGCAAAGAUACAAGAAGAUUAUUGUCAGAGAGACUAAGGAAUGUGCAUAAGCAAGAAACUCCGUUUGAUGUACCAAUAGUCGUCUCCACUACACCUGCUUUUGAUAAUGGAAGGGACAGGCUGGGAAGAAUGCAAUAUAUGUCAAAGUCUGGAAUUGAGCAGAGCUACCGGGAAAGUGUUAAACAUGGACAAGAAAUCCAAACCAGUUCUUUCAGGCAAUAUAUGUCAAAGUCUGGAAAUGAGCAGAGCUACCGGGAAAGUGUUAAACAUGGACAAGAAAUGCAAACCAGUUCUUUCAGGCAUGGGGAUGAUAUUGAUGUACCAAUAGUCGUCUCCACUACAUCCACUUUUGAUAAUGGAAGGGACAGGCUGGGAAGAAUGCAGUAUAUGUCAAAGUCUGGAAAUGAGCAGAGCUACCAGGAAAUUGUUAAACAUGGACAAGAAAUGCAAACCAGUUCUUUCAGGCAUGGAGAUGAUGUUGGGCUUCUAAACAGGGAACUGUCCCCAAGAAAUCUCAUUAGGUCCUUGUCAGCCCCCGUCUCAGGAACAUCAUUCAGGAAGUUGCUUUUAGAGGAUUGCCAUAUAUUAACAGGUGCGCAGAUCAGGAGGAAGCAUGAAGGCAAUGAAAAUGCAUCAGUAGACAUUAGAAGAAGGAAGAAAGAGAAGUUCAACUUGAAAGAAAAAGUUUCCAAUAUUAAAUAUAGUUUAACGCUUAGACGGAGGCUAUUUGGCAAGAAGUUUCAAUCGGUGGUGGGGUCAUAUAAUGCCAAUAGUGAUCUUGCAAAAGAUGUCUUCAGUGGACCAACAGUUAUUAUGAACAUUGGCGAGAGGCAUGAGAAUUCUACGGAGGUGCCUCCUAGCCCAGCAUCUUUUUGCAGCAGCACGCAUGAAGAAUUUUGGAGGGAGGUGGAUUAUCUCAGCCCAAUAUCAACACCAGAUGUGACUUUGGGAGAAGAUAAUGUUGUACCGCAGGUUUUCAAUGAGACCAGUUCUAAUUUGAAUGGUCAUCAAUCAGAGCAGGGGAGGCAACUGAAUGAACUAGAGUCUGAUGGAGCAGACCACAUAACAGUUGAACAGGAACCUAUUGAAUCUGAAAUGGUGAAUUUAGAGGACCAUACCCGAGGAUACAUAAGAGAUCUGCUCGUUGCUUCUGGUUUGUACGAUGGAUCAUACGAUAAAUCCUUAUCUAGGUGGGAUCCAUUAGCAAAGCCUAUCGGCAACUCUAUCUUUGAACAAGUAGAAGAAUAUCAUAGCAAAUUGAUCAAGGAAAAUGAUAAGAAGGUAGAUCACAAAGUAUUACUUGAUUUGUCAAAUGAAGCACUUUCAACCAUACUUGGGCCACCAGUGACCAUGUGUAGGUUCAGGAGAAAGCUUCUUGGUUCCUCCAUAUUGACACCUCCACAUGGAAGGAAGUUAAUAAAUUCUGUGUGGGAAAUUGUCCAUAUUAAUUUACAUCCUCCAAAUGAUAGAUCCAACUACUCGGUUGAUCAUAUGGUGGCCAGAGAUCUAGGAUCCACCCCUUGGGCCGGCUUGAUGGACGACGAAACUAAUGUUUUGGGAAGAGAGGUGGAAUGGCACAUUGUUGGAGAUCUGGUUGAGGAAAUUGUGAAGGACAUGCAUUCAUGAGUGUUAUAGGCAGCAUGUUAGAUGUAACUAGGGAGACAGAAAGAUGGUGUGCAUAUACAUAUAGAGAGAGGUAAUUAUUGAUGGGAGAUUUUGACUAUCCAUGUACAUAUUAUUUGCAGAGUUUGUGAGAUAGAGAGAGGUUAAGUUGAUGAGGUUUAUACAUAAUAAAAUUUUCUUUAUAAAAUGUAUUUGUUAUUUAUUUGGGAUUUUUUGCUCUAAUCUUAUUCUCUGAUGUUUGUAACCGCAAAAUAAUAAUAACAACAAUAGUAAAUGCAUAUUUGUGGCUGUUGAUCCAGUUGUUUAA